AUUUGAAUUUGUUUAAGGCACCUACAAAGUGAUACAGAUUAUCGGCGAUAAUAAUUACCGAUAAGAACUCGAUAACUUCUAUCUUAUGAUACCUACCUACUCCGCAUAGCUCCAGACAUAUUCCUGCAAAUUACAUACACACUUCCAUUCACAUUUCAUUAUGGAACAAUCACCAAAAUCAAAAUCACAACGGCCUAAUCGUGAACCACCUCCUGCACUCUUUACUACUCCUUCUCAAAAUGCAUCUCAUGUAUCAAUAGAAGGUGGUCUAGCACUUGUACCAUCCAAUCAAUCAUCUGCCUUAUAUCCCACCACCUCUAGAAAUUCCCUCGUCCAUCAACGGUCCCAAAGACUACCUCUACGAACCAAUUUCGAUGGCCCCACAGAUACGGGCCCCCUAAGUUCAAUCUCUCGCGUAGGAAGAGCUCCCUCCGAGGGACAAAAACAAGCUGCGAGAACCGAUGCGCUAUGGGCGGAAAUGCAAAGCACAUUAGAGGAAGUUGAACUCAGUGCUGUAAAUGCGACACAUGUAUUUGGACCCGAACAUAGCAGAGCAUUAGAGGAGUUACGUAAAACACAAAUAGCUUUGGCACAAGCAUGGGCAAGAAGUGAGGCUGAUGAUGUAGUUGACGAGGGACGUAAAGGUGAUAUUGGAGGUGGGGCAUUGGGAAGUGAGGGGAAAAGUGCAUUGGACGGACCAGGAAUGACGGCAACAUCUGGAACGGAUGGAGGAAGAAGUACAGUUACCAGUGGAGCUCAUAGUGGAGGUGCGGAGAGGAUGGGUAGUAAGUUGGAGGAGGACACAAAGGCAGAUAUUGUAUUGGCGAGAAAGAGAAGGGAAGCUAAUGAUAGGUAUUUUCAAAGGGUGAAUGAGGGUGUGCUUGAUGUAGUAGCAAAGUUGGAGGAAGUUGCUAGUGCAAUGAGAUCCGUGGAACAAGAGAGUCGAGAUAUUUGGGGUGAUAACGAAACUAUGGAUACUGCGAGUUUUCAAAGCUCAGAACCCUGAACCAUGACGUAGGAGCUCCAUUCUCGAUUUUGAAGGUUUGAGAAAUGAUCUUGUCUAUCUGUCUAUGGCAUUUGGAUUGGCUUGUACACUUUAUGUAUAUAUGCAUUCGAGUGCAUUAGCGAAGGCGUUUUGGUUUAUGGUUUGUGGAGAUUGGCGCAAAGGAAGAGCUUCUGCAAGGAACGUAGGGAGGCGAAACAGAAUAUAAUAACUUGGUAUCUUGUUCGAUUAAUCGUAUAAUGUUUUAUCAUAUCGGCUCGAAUGCCACUCUCAUAACUUUCCCAGCACCAUCUCCUAUGCCAAAUGUCUUUAAGGUCUAGACCUCAGCCUGAUAUAAAUCCAU